GAGAGAGAGAGAGAGCGAGAGAUCAUUUUUCGAGGAAAGAAAAAAAAAAUCAACCAAUGCAACAAACCACGAGUCGGACGCUGACGAGUUACGAUGCUAUUUGUCAGUGUACCGUUCAUGAUAAAUCAUUUGAUUUGGGAUUAACAAAGCUAUAUAUGCAGAGGGUCUCAUAUUGUUUGAACGAAGUCAAAGCGGCGGGUUGAGUCAAGAAUAAUCUCGUGCUGUAUAAAUUAUAUGCGAGAGCAUAAGGCUAUUUAUUUUUUUCUUGAAUUAAUUUGCACCGUCCGAACUAAUUUUGAAACACUAUGACUGCAUGUGCAAUUUCCGAAUUUCACAUUAGCUCGCAUUAUACGUAAUCGAAUCCGUUAAACAGAACACCAGCGCAAUUCUGUUUUUGGAUCCCUCGCGACCUCGCUGAAAUGUAACCGCUUGCCUACAUUAGCUGGUUGCUGGGACCGCAGCUGUUCGGUAAGGAAGAAAAUAUUGAUUUUCGCAUCCGAUAAGUGACCAAUGAUCUCUGCCUGCAUUUAGACCUGGAAAAAAAAUAUUCACUCGUCCUUCCUCAAGAAAUUACGGACAAGGUUUGGUCGUUCUUUGGAGUGGAAAAACCGGUGCAGAUUUAUCCACAGGAAUGAGGAUGGACAUUCAGGAGGUGAUGGAGGAAAUGUCCCGGCCGUCGCCGCGGAGUCUGUUGCUGGCGUCAGUGUCUUUGCUGGUGGCCGUGCACCUGUGGCUCUGGAUCCAGAGAUGCAGGAACGCCGACGGCCCGCCGGGGCCGUUCCCCUGGCCAAUCAUAGGGAACGCGGCGCAACUUGGUAGCGCACCCCAUCUCUACUUCAGUCGCAUGGCGCAGAAAUACGGCGAGGUCUUCCAAAUUAAGCUUGGCAGCCGGGCAGUUGUGGUGCUCAAUGGCGAUGCGAUCAGAACGGCCCUCAUCAAAAAGGGGGCCGACUUUGCGGGAAGACCUGACUUCACCUCUUUUCAAUUUGUUUCCAACGGCAAGAGCAUGGCUUUUGGAAACUACAGCGAUUGGUGGAAGGCACAUCGAAAAAUUGCCCAGACUACUGUCCGUACAUUCUCAACAGGCAAUGUCCACACUAAAAAAGUGCUCGAAAAUCACGUGCUGAGCGAAGGCAGAGAACUGCUGCAUCUUUUCAUGAAAAUGACAAACGAGAGAAAAUAUUUCCAGCCGCUUACAUAUCUGACAGUAUCUACAGCAAACAUAAUGAGCGCCGUGUGUUUUGGGAAGAGGUACUCCUACGACGACGCCGAAUUUCAAGCAGUGGUCGGAAGAAACGACCAAUUUACCAAAACGGUUGGUGCUGGAAGCAUAGUGGACGUCAUGCCUUGGCUCCAGUAUUUCCCAAACCCAAUUAAAACCAUAUUUGGAAACUUUAAAGAUCUCAACCGGGAAUUCUACGGAUUUAUCAGUCAAAAAGUGGCUGAGCACAGAAAAACAAUUCAAUCACGCACUGUAAGAGACAUGACUGAUGCAUUCAUUCUGGCGCUUGACCAGGGUUUAACAAGCUCUACGGGGGUGUUCUUGGACAAAGAGUACGUGCCACCCACGGUUAGCGACAUCUUUGGUGCGAGCCAAGAUACACUGUCAACCGCCCUGCAGUGGAUAAUUCUGGUACUUGUAAGGUUCCCGGACAUCCAGAAGCAGCUCCGCGAGGAGGUGGACAAGGUGGUGGACAGCAGCCGGCUGCCCAGCAUCGAGGAUCAGCCACGCCUGCCCUACGUCAUGGCCUUCCUGUACGAGGUCAUGCGGUUCACCAGCUUCAUCCCCCUCACCAUCCCACACUCCACCACCACCGACACCGCCAUCCAGGGCUACCGCAUCCCCAAGGACACCGUGGUCUUCAUCAACCAGUGGUCCAUCAACCACAGCCCCGCCAAGUGGGUCCGUCCGGAAGUCUUCGACCCGAACAGGUUCCUGGACAAGAGCGGGGCCCUGGACAAGGACCAGACCAGCAGCGUGCUGAUCUUCUCCCUGGGGAAGAGGCGGUGCAUCGGGGAGGACCUGUCCAAGAUGCAGCUCUUCCUCUACACUACCCUGCUCAUCCACCAGUGCUUGUUCAAGGCCAACCCCGCGGAGCCACUCAGCUUGGAUUACUUAUACGGCCUGACCCUGAAACCCAAGGCCUUCAGCAUUGCGGUCGAGCACCGAAACUCUAUGGCCCUGCUGGACGCUUAUGUGCAACAGCAUGCGAAAGCAGAAGCCGAUGGGGAAAGCACGUCCUCAGAACAGAACUAAUUAUACACACACACACACACACACACACACACACAAACACGCACGCACACACACACACAAACACGCAUGCACACACACACACAAACACGCAUGCACACACGCGCACGCACAGACGCGCACAUGCACACACAGACCAAUUAUAAGACAAAAAUGAAGGUCAAUGGAAAUAUUCUUUUAUCACUGAAGUAUAAUUAUGUGCCAUCAGGUCUCACUCUGUUCAUGAGAGUGUACAGUAAUGAUAUAUGUUUAUCGAUGCAACGCUCAGGCAAAAUAGAUUCUUAUAUUUUUAUAUAUAUUUUGCUUUGUCACUUUGUAGUUGUUGUUGUUGUUGUCCUCACCAUCGGUAGUCCUCACGUACAUUUUGUUUUUAAAAAGGUUGUAUAUUUGAUUAUCAGUAUAAAUUAGAGCUAAUAUAAAUGCACUGAUAUAGGCCUACAUGCACACACACAUGCAUUAACACAUAUAUACAGAUGUGUGCGGUAUGCGUUAUAUAUUCAGCUGCAUAUAAUAAGAAUAAACAGUUACUCCUACAGAGGGAGAGAGAAGUUCACUGGGCAUUAAGAUAUUAAGCAUGACCUGUGAUCGGUUACCAUGUUAAGCAUGAACCAUGAUUGGUCAGCAUGGCCAAUAGUAACUGUGAGCAAUGAUUGAUCACAAGUGGCCCAGGGGGUCCAUUAUUAGGCAGCAUGUCAUUUGAUUGGUCAGCACAGCCUACAAUUGUUCUGUGCGACCAAUGAAGUGAAUUUAUCUCACUCAAGACAUACUGACAUCAAAAGCAAGGAUAUGCCAGCCAUUCAGCUGGAUUUACGGUGACAGUCACAAUGAAAAUACUAAAUAUGGAAAUAAUUAAGCGCAGAAAUAUUUAGAGAAUUAUUUUGACAAACAGUAUACAUUGGAAUAUGAAAAUGUUUAAGCUAAUGUGAAGCUACAAAGGUAGACAGCUGUGGAGUUCUAUCACAACGGUCCGGAACUCAAUGGUAAUUUUUUAACAAGCUCUUCAAUUUCAGAAUGGAUCAUUGAUGGCCUCCUGGCUCCUGGUGAGGAUGCUACAGCACCUUUUAAUCAUAAAAAAAGGACUGGGCGAUGUUCAAUAAUUUUGACGAUAAAAAAUUGGAUCAAAUAUUGUUUAUUAAGCUGCUACUUUCCAUUAAACGGAUUUAAUAUGAGGUGCACCCGUGAAAUGAAUCUGCAGCUGGCAAGUGACGCUUAAUAAAAUCGGAACAAUACUUGGACUGCAUUUUAUAUAGCGCUUUUAUCCAAAGCGCUUAACAAUUGAUGCCAUUCACACACACACUCACACACCAACGGCAAAAGGCUGCCAUGCAAGGUACCAAUCAGCCCGUUGGGAGCAAUUUAGGGGUUAGGUGUCUUGCUCAGGGACACUUUGACACGCCCAGGGCGGGCGAUCGAACCGGCAACCCUCCGACUGCCAGACAACCGCUCUUACAUCCGCUCUUACCUCCUGACCUAUGUCGCCACAAUAACAAAGAUUACAAACAGGGUCCAUAUUCAUAAAGCGUUUUAGAGUGGGAGUACUGAUCUGGGAUCAGUUUGCCGUUGAGCACAUAAUGGACAGGGGUAGACUACGGACAAGGGAAAACAGACCCUAGAUCACCACUCCAACUCUGAGAGGUUUUACGAAUAUGACCCCAGGACACUUAAAGGUGAGUUUCGAUACUCCACUUACUUGUUGCCCUACCACUGGGGAUAAAAGCAUAUAUUGCUAAAAAUGCAUCAGGUAUUGAGCAGAUAAACUCUGUAACACACAUCUUUGAGAAAAUUAAUGGCGGAAAACCAGCUUCUUUUUUGGGUCAAUGACUACAUGAAUGGUACUCAGGAUCAUAUAACAACAGAGUGGUGGUGAGCUGUCUAAUCACACAGAUCUCAUUACUCGCUCACUAUUAUAGCAAAAAAAAGCAGAGGAUGACAGUGAGGGGGAAUAGCAAUAAAAACACCAGUCUCUGAGCACUUUAGCAACCGGAACUUCUCUGUGCCCUCGUUCUGCUGUUGUAUCUUACUCUCCAUACUCUAGGCUUGCUGACUUUUCUGCUUUUACAAAAGGAAAUAAUACAUUAACCAGGGGAAAAUAAAGAGUCCAUCCUUGGCAGGUGUUAGGAGAAGCAAAGGAGAGAGAUUCCACAGUGUUGACUACAGUGACUUGCUGAUGGGAAUCUUCUCCCAGCAGAGUGAGGAAAUCUGCGUCAUACGACUUCAUCUUAAUACUGUCAAUACUUUUAAGUGUUAUCAUUUAACAUGAAUAAACUGAAAAUAACCUGGGAAAGUUAGUUAAAAAGCCAGGGAAGGUUUUUGGUUGGAUGUAUAGAUUGUACAUGCUUGACAGCUAGUGAAAGUUUUACCAGCACUGUCCGAAAAAAAAUGUGCACAAAAACUGUACCUAGGGAGUAUAAUGGCUUGGGGCAAUACUCUUAAAGGCAUGCCAACUGUACCUCUUACACUUUUAGAUUAGUAGUCUAAGGUACAAAUAUAAGCCAGUGAGAGGAUAUUAAUAGGAACUGUACCUUAAUGACCGAAAACGGACCCCAACCGUACAAUUUUUCUGACAGAGGGUUUCCCCAGCCUGUUUGUUGUUUCUUUAUUGAAGGUUGAGUAGCUACUAAAAGGUGUACAUGCGCAGCAGAAGUGUCCAGGGGAGCAGCAAGCUGGCUGACAUUCUGUGCCGUGUUUGGCUGUACGUCUGAAUCUUAGAACUGCUGUUUCACACUUGUAUUUAAAGGCUUUAUUCAUUUUAGAUCUAUAUUAGAUCAGUGUUUAACCAACAUUUGCUAGAGAGGUUCAUAUGCUUCACGCUGUUUUAGACACAGGUAUUCAGGCAUUUGCUGGUCUGUUUUUCAAGUUAAUGAUUUGUAUAAGCUCAAACAUAUUAGAGGUUGCUCUGAAAAAUGUAUAUGUUCAGCCCUUUAAGUUGUUUAAUUUAACUUGCUCGUCACAAAUAUGAUAAUGUUAGCUUUGUAUAUUUUUGUAAUAAAUAUGUAAUAUAUUUGCUAUAACUUUGCUGUUAUAAGGACUUUACCAUGAUAUUUAUAGAACCGAAAAAGAUGAUCACAAAUCGCUUUUAUAACCUUUGAAAAUUACGGGAAAAUAAAGACUACUUUUAUUACUGUGA